AUGUCUCUUGCACCGCCAUUUACCCACGAAACCGCCCAUGCCAAGGUCAAGAAGGCGCAGGACUUGUGGAAUACCCAAAACCCCAAAGUAAUUGCACAGGCCUACACUCCCGAAAGCAUCUGGCGCAACCGGUCAUCCUUCCUGGAGCUCUUCGCCUUUACCGAAAACAAAAUUGCCGUUCAGUUCUGGUACGAGUUCCAGGAUGCUCACGACGGCAUGAAAUGGAAGCGCUGCUACGGCCUCGAAGACUGGACCUUUGCCGAGGACGGAAAGAUGCGCAAGCGCCAGAUGAGCGGCAACAACAUGGACAUUGACGAAGCUGAACGAUGGUUCAAAGACGGAGUUGAUGUCAAUCAAGUCGACAUUAGCGAAGCUCAUUGGUAA